AGAUAAGCAGCAGUCAGAGUUUAGUGAUGAAGCUGAAGGCAGGGAACACAUUAAUAUAGAGAGAUUAGGACGCAGCAGAAGAUGCUUGCACACAGGGACGGGGAGGAGGAGAAACGACACCUAAGCUUUCUGAAUGGCAAACACAGCGUUCAGUAGGAAGAACCGCAUGAAGGGAUGAAGGUAUAAUAGACAAUAGAGGACAGGGGCAGGAAAUGGAAAUGUAAAAGCUUGACUCCGUGAGAAUAGAAACUCACCAAAACUAUAGACAGAGCUCAAGAGGUACUCCUCCUGUUCAUCACAAGCUAUUGACUUAUUUCAACCAAUUCAGUACUGGGAUUGGAAAGAUGCCAUCAUACGCUUUAUUCUGUUAACUCAUCCAGGUAUUUGGAAUUACUUUUAAGAACCUCUAUAAAAAAUAAAAAAAAAUGAGGGACUAAGGGGUCCAACACUGAGGACUAUACCAACAAGGCAUAGGAAAUCAUGAGGAAUAUACAGAAGGAAAUGCUAUUUGUUCUGUUUUGGUUUUCUCAUGGGAUGGUCCGCUGCAUCCAUCCAGAGUGUGCUCUUGUUCUUCAGGUUCUGGAAGAAGAGGCGGAAUGUUUCCAUAAGAUAAAAAAAGAAAAUCAGACAUUAGUGAAUUCUCUAAAUGAAGGGUGUCCCACAGAGUGGGAUGGUGUCAAUUGCUGGAAUGCAGCCAUGGUGGGACAAACUGUUACUGCAUAUUGUCCGGAGAGCCUUCAGAUCUUUCUUAAGACAGAAGUUGCCAUCAGCAGGAACUGCACUAGUAAUGGUUGGAGUCUUCACUCACCUCCAUAUCUGAAAGCCUGCUUCUUUAACAGCAGUAUUGAGCCUGAUGACAAGAGAGGACAUUUCUACACAGUGAAGAUCCUGUACACUUGCGGAUAUGCUGCUUCCCUGCUGGCGCUGGUGAGUGCCAUCAGCAUCUUCUCCCUCUUUAGGAAACUCCACUGUCCCAGAAAUUUCAUCCAUAUGAACUUAUUUGUGUCCUUUAUCAUGCGUGGUGCUGCAGUGUUUGUCAAGGAUGCCAUUCUCUUCGCUGAUGAAGAUGUUGAUCAUUGUACUAUGUCUACGGUGGGCUGUAAGGUGGCCAUGGCGUUUUUCCAAUACUCCGUCUUAGCUAAUUUCUCCUGGCUUCUGGUGGAGGGGAUGUAUUUGCACACUCUACUCACGCUCACCUUCACCUCCCAAAGAAGAUAUUUUUGGUGGUACAUUGUUAUUGGCUGGGGUCUGCCAGCUCUUACAAUAACAGUGUGGAUCAAAACCAGGAUCAGCUUUGAUGAUACUGGAUGCUGGGAUGAUUAUGAAAAUAAUUACUGGUGGAUAAUCAAGACUCCAAUUUUGAUGGCGAUAUUUCUAAAUUUCAUCAUAUUCCUCAAUGUGAUCAGAAUCCUCAUGCAGAAAAUCAGAUCUCCUGACAUCAGUAAAAACUACAAGCAACAAUACAUGAGACUAGCUAAAUCAACUCUACUCCUCAUCCCAUUGUUUGGAAUUCAUUAUGUUGUCUUCGCUUUGUUUCCUGAACAUAUUGGCGUUUGGGCCAGGUUGUAUUUCGAACUUGUUCUGGGAUCCAAUCAGGGAUUCAUUGUGGCUUUGUUGUAUUGCUUUCUUAAUGGAGAUGUUCAAGCCGAGAUCCAGCGGCACUGGGGCAAGUGGCAAAGUUCAUUGGAAAGCAAUGUGUUCAACCUAGUGACUCAGGACUUUACAGCAUGAAUUAUUACAUACUAACUGACUUUGGACAUGUGUAUUGAGACGGUUCAGGUUGAACAUGCUUCUGGCUAUAGGGGCAUAAUGGAGAAAUGCACUGUGCGGAAAAGGUGCUGAAGGCUUCUGAGAGUUCCUAUAUCAACAGACUGCAUUAUGGCCACUAGAUGGCGAUGAAGAACAUAUUUAUUGCUUCUUAUGUCAGCCCCAUCCUCUAGACGUGAAAAAUGAACAAAGCACACCCUACUAUAGUGUGUACUAACCUGAAUCCAAAGCAUCAAGUAUGGUUCCUCUCUUAUCUCUUCUCUCUCUCUCUCUGCAUGACUCACUCCUAAUAUAUUAAGCCGACACCUCAAUCUCCCAAGGGAAUGGUCCACCCCAUUCCUCCAGCACCAAGCAGAUGACUCCUGCUCUCAGCUCUUUUUCUUUGAGCCUGUGAAGACUGGGGGGGGGGGUGUCAGUUGCCUCCAAUCAGCUAUUGGAUUUCACAGAGCUGUGUGCUCUAGCUCUGCAGUGUGUGUGACGCCAGAUCCCCAUCCCUUGCUUCCUGCUGCUGAGGAAAAUCUUUUCAUCUGUGUGUUCUAGAACGCUGUAUAGAAGGGGGUAAACAUGUACAACUUAUGUAGGAGGAUGUGUUUCACCUCUCCGUAUCAUCUGAGGCAAGUCACUUCACUAGGUAUAUGUAAAGGUUUACAACCAGUUAAAGUAUGCACCUCAGUGCCACCUAGUGGCCAUAAGGCAGUAUUUUCUGAAUUUACACAUUUGAAUUAAAGAGCAUAUAGCCUGAGAACAUUACAUUUUGCCCCAUUUGCACAGAACAAAUUUUACAUGCAGUGGAGCGAACAGCCGUGUGAACCUUUUAUUAAUACACCUCAUCGUUUUUUUUAGGGAUGCCGGUUAGUGAAUUUGCCUAUAGACUCGCUAAAGAAAAAAAAAAGUACACAUUUUUUAUUACAAUGUUAAGGCAAUAAUAAGUGAACCUCUUUAUAGAUUUGAAUUUUAAGUUUUUCAAAGACAAGGUAAUGUAUAAAACCUACGGUAUAUAAAUUGGAUCUGUGAGGGUCUUGAUUUACAGUUUGUGUUGACGCUGGCAAGCUGCCUGCUACUAAUAUGUUCACAUUUCUAGUUGGUAUCUGCACAAGAAGGGAUGACAGUCAUUUUUAAAAUGUAUUUUUUUUAUUUCUCAUAAGUGCAAAAUUAACUUGUAAAAACACACUGACGGAACUACACAGAAUAUUUUUAAGUCUCUCUAUCUGUAUCUCCAUCUCGUCUUUAUGUAAACGAAAUAGCAUGGGUGUAGUUGGUGCAAAAUGCAAUUUGUUACCAGAAUUUCCUCCAUUGAAAAUUCUUGAAAUACUUUCUGAAAUAUUCAAAAGGCCUUUGUGCGUUUCAUAAAUAGGGGAACAUGUUGACACUAUUGACUAAGAAUGUUUAAAAUACACAGCAGUUGUUAGAGCUUGACAAUACAUUGUAAAACACCCCCACAUACU